GCGAAAACAGGACGUCAGCUUCACACUUCGCACUGAUUCAUCUGAACGUUAGUUAGCUAACUAGCUAGCUCAACAAGGAACUACUAGAGAGCCGAGGACAGUUGAAUAUGGCUGAACUCGACCAACACGAAGGCGAGCAGGACCUCGAAAAGAAAAUAGAGGAGACGAGGCAGAGAUUCAAGAAUGAGUUCCUACAAGAUUCUGUAGAUAAAUAUGACUCCAGAGAUGUGGAAAGGCUUCAAACAGAUGAUUCUCUGGUGGAAGGCUACCUGACAUGGAGACUUUAUGUUGUUGCUGAUGCCUUGAAAAUGAUUGAUGAAAGUUUUCAGUGGAGAAAAGAAUUUGGUGUGAAUGAUCUCACUGAGAGCACCAUUCCCAGAUGGAUGUUCGAGACUGGUGCUGUCUACCUCCACGGCUACGACAAAGAGGGCAACAAGCUCUUCUGGUUCAAAGUAAAGCUACACGUCAAGGACGCAAAAACAACCUUGGACAAGAAGAAGUAUGUUGCCUUCUGGCUGGAGCGGUAUGCAAAGAAAGAACCUGGGAUGCCACUUACUGUUGUGUUUGACAUGACCGAGUCUGGCAUUGGCAAUAUAGACAUGGAUUUUGUGAAGUACAUUAUUAAUUGCUUCAAAGUAUAUUAUCCAAAGUUUUUAUCCAAAAUGAUCAUUGUGGAUAUGCCUUGGAUCAUGAAUGCGGCGUGGAAGAUUGUGAAGAGUUGGUUGGGUCCCGAGGCAAUCAGCAAACUAAAGUUUGCAUCCAGAUCUGAGGUCCACACAUUCAUAGGCCCUGAGUACCUGCCACCUCACAUGGGUGGAACGGAUCCCUUCAAAUACAGCUAUCCUCCUCUUCCUGAUGAUGACUUCCAAACGCCCAUCUGUGAUAACGGACCCAUUGUUAGCGAGGAUGAGACAGAGAGCAAAGAGGGUGAAAUGGAGGGAAAAGAUGCCCUUGAGUCCAGCUUCAACUCUGAGGUUGCAGUAAAGCCCAAAAAGGUGAAUUUCCUGGAAGACAGUUUGAGGACAGAGGACAAUGAUAAAGGAGACAGUGCCAGGACCAAAGGAGCCAGGAAGCCACUGACCACCUUCAAAGGCCCUCUGCUAGAUGUGAGCCCUGCAGAGGAGCUCUGCUUUGGUUCUGGGGAGACAGAGAAGAAAUGUCUCAUUAUCUUGAGCAAUGUGACCAAAAAUCAAGUGGCCUUCAAGGUUAGAACCACAGCACCUGAGAAGUACAGAGUGAAGCCCAGCAGCAGCUGCUGUGAACCAGGAGGUUCAGUAGACAUAGUGGUGUCCUUACAUGGAGGUUCUCAGGCCUCUCUGCAGGACAGAUUUUUGGUUAUGGCUGCUGAGAUGGACAAUGUUGGAUCACAAGAACUUGCACAGUUCUGGAAAGAAGUACCAAAAGCCAAGAUCAUGGAACACAGAUUGCGCUGUCAUGUUCUGGAGAGCAUCAAACCAAUAGUGACCCCUCUCAGGGACAGUCCCGUGGAUACAGGGACCAGUGGGCAACAGGAAUUAAACACAGUGCUCAUGCGAAUGAUGGCCUGCAAUUCACGGCUGGAGCAGAAGCUGAAUACAUGUCUGUGGGUGCAGAAGGUUCUCAUUGUGUUGGUGCUCGUCCUCAUGGUGCUGAACCUGCUGUCUCUCUACUUGCUGGGUACAGCCCAGCGGCCAUCUUGACAAGCCACAGCGCACUCCCUCCCCACCUGAAUUUGUCGACCACAGACAGACAGUUCCAGUGGGGCCGCAGUUGACCACCUGAGAGACGGUCGUUGUGCGCUCCCCUCACCCACCCUCCCCACAGGCUGGAGAGGAGGAGCGCUGACUUUAGGGACAUGCGAGUUGUUGUGGAGUUCCUACACGACAAGAUUGUACUUGUCUCUUUUCAGGCACUUGAGAGUUAACAUAACAGAGACACUUUUAACAAUGUGACAUCAAAUCAUUAACAGCAUUUUUUAAUGACUGAUCAUGGAAAAAUAAAUACGUAUUUAUUUCAAACGUCACAAUAUUAAGGAAAGAUGAGUUAUUUUUGUGAUCAUGAUGUACAAUUUUUUACAUUAUAUAAAUCUACAGAAUAUAAAAUAAACUCUUUUUUUCCAACUUA